AUCUGUUUUCUGUAUUAUAGAAGCUCUUUUUAGUUGAAGUUUCUAUUAAUUGCUAUUUUCUGUUAAUUUUCCUCAUAAAGUUUUGAUUUUUUUUGCUUUGGGGUGAAGGGGGUAUUUUAGCCAUGGGUAGCAGCAGCUGGUGGGGGAAUCAUGAAGGCAUAUUGACAACUUUUUACCCUUUGUUUUUGGGUCAAGUUGUGUCUUUUGUUAGGGCCCUCAUGAGCUUUUCUUCUUCUCUAGUGGCAAAUCUUGGUGCAAAUACUCCACUUUCCCUGUCAUUCUUCUCUUACACAGCUUUAGCUUUGGUGUAUGGAGGAAUCAUGAUUUACAGGAGGCAGAAAUUGCAGAUUCCUUGGUAUUGGUAUGCCCUUUUAGGCUUAGCUGAUGUCCAGGGAAGUUUUCUUGUAAAUAAUGCAUUUCAGUACUCAUCAAUCACCAGUGUGACCAUACUGGAUUGCUGGACUAUAGCUUGGGUAAUGAUUUUGACGUGGCUAUUUUUGGGCACACGAUAUUCUCCAUGGCAAUUCUUUGGUGCAGCAGUCUGUUUAGGUGGUCUUGGAUUUGUGCUUCUAUCAGAUGCUAAGACGAGUGAUGGAAGUGGCGGUUCCAAACCUAUUCUUGGUGAUAUAUUUGUCAUCAUAGGGACAUUUUUCUUCUCAAUAAGUAAUGUUGGUGAGGAGUUCUGUGUCAAAAAGAAAGAUCAUAUUGAAGUGGUUUCCAUGAUUGGUCUUUUCGGCUUGCUUGUUACUAUAAUUGAGAUACCAAUCUUGGAAAGGAAGAGUCUGGAAUCAGUCAAGUGGUCUGCAGAACUUAUAUUAGCCUUCUGUGUCUAUGCAGUGGCAAGCUUUAUGUUCUACACCUUUGUUCCGUUUCUUCUCAAGAUGAGUGGCUCAACCUUGUUCAAUCUAUCUCUUCUCACAUCCGAUGUGUGGGCAGUUGUCAUUAGGACCUUUUUCUACAAGCAAAAGGUUGAAUGGCUGUACUUUGUAGCUUUUGCACUUGUGGUUACUGGACUGAUCAUAUACUCGAAAACUGAGAAGGAUCCUGUAAAUGCACCAGCUACUAUUGAAGAAGCAAAUGCUGCUGAUCAAAGAUACCAACUUCUUAACGAGAGUCAAUUUGACUAAAUACUUAAAGUUGCAAUUUGGCUCUUGAGAAGCGAAACGUGACAAGUAAAAGUGAACCGGGAGUAUAUUAUUAAAUCUAAGGUUAUCACUCGUCCUUUCAUUUUCAUUUUUGGAUAGUUAUGAUUUACGACUGAUGAUUAUGUUAUGGACUAAUUGUAAUCAAAUUGCAAUUACUUCAAGUUUUAUUGUAUAAAAUAACUUCUAAUUCUAAUAAUAAUUCUGGUUUUCUGUGUGCAA